CAAAGCUCAGAAUCCUCAGAACUCUACCUGCCCUGGUAACGUCUGAGCCACCAUGGGAACCCGAGGUGCCGCGUAUCCAUUGGGGCUCUGCAUCGCCCUGUGCCUGGGGGGCACCGUGGCCCAGAAUAACGGCGUACAAGGUACCACUGAGGACUGCAACAACCAUAUGCUAUGCCCAGCAAACGCCAAGUGUGUGAACAACACCCACUGCACCUGCCUGGAUGGAUACCAGUCACAUGGGAAUCACCCCGUCUUCUUCACCGACCCAACGGAGAUCUGUGAUGAUAUUAACGAGUGUCUGGGGCUGAUCCCACCAGACUGCGGACCCCACGCUAAGUGCACCAAUGUGGCUGGGAGUUACUACUGCACCUGCAUGUAUGGCUACGAGUCCAGCUCUGGGAAAGCCAACUUCAUGUACGCGAGAGAGAACACCUGCCAGGAUAUUGACGAGUGUCAGGGCCCGAGCCCGGAACACUGCGGACCCCACGCAAACUGCAUCAACGCGCCUGGGAGUUACUCCUGCACCUGCAUCGAUGGCUACGAGUCCAGCUCUGGGAAAGCCAAUUUCACCCACGCGAGUGAGAACACCUGCCAGGACAUCGAGGAGUGCCGCAAGACCCCAGGUCUCUGCAGCCCCAAGGCCACGUGUAUCAACACCUACAGAAGCUACUGGUGUGAGUGCCGGGCCGGAUACGCUCUAACGUCUGCUCCUCUCUUCCCAUCGCUCCAAGUCCCCAGCAUUAACUCCAGCGCUGAGUUCGAGGGAAUCAAAGCGACGUGCAGGAAUUUCUCUCUGCAGGGAAAGUGGAGCAGCAGAAGCAGCAGUUUUUGCUCUUUCUUUAAUUCGACAUUAGACAUUUUGAUGUCCACGUUCAGAGAUGGGAGUGCGGCGUUAUCACUGGAGAGCGUGACUCUCCGUUUCAGUGCCCUCCUGACCAGCACCUCCCUCUGGGAUGGCGGAGACAAGCGGGAGGUGGAGUCAGCCGUGACGAUCCUGCUGCAGAGCGUGGAACUGGCCACGCUGGCCACUGCGCUCCGGUCUCCGGAGAGGACAACACAGAAUGUGACAACAGAGUCUAUGGCUGUCGAGACGCGGCUUGUCACAGGGAACUGCAGCCGGGACAGUGAGGUCUUCACGCUGAGAGCUCACGAGGAGACGAUGGUCGUGCACUGUGAUACAGUCACCGGGGCAGCCACACGAGCAGGUUUGGGGGCUGCUGCUUUUAUUUCCUACUCCACCCUGGACUCCAUCAUCAGUGCGAGACGUCUCAGCGAGGGAAAUCUACCGGCUGGAGGGAAGCUGGAGAAGAGUUAUCUCAACUCCAGGGUGGUGAGUGGGGCCAUCGGAGACGGGAGACCCAUUCACCUCUCCAGACCCGCAAACUUCACCCUGCGCCACAGACAGGCCAAAAAAGAGGAGGAAGAGGCUCUCUGUGUCUACUGGAAAGUAGUGGCCGAGAGCGGCAGCUGGUCUCCGGACGGCUGCACCGCCGUGCACACGAACAGCACUCACACCACCUGCAGCUGUGACCAUCUCUCCAGCUUCGCCGUCCUAAUGGCUCCCACCACAGUGACGGAGAGUUACCCACUGACCAUCAUCACCUACGUGGGACUGACCCUCUCCCUGCUGUGCCUCUUCCUCGCCAUCCUCACCUUCCUCCUGUGCCGUUCCAUCCACAACGUCAGCACCUCCCUCCACCUGCAGCUCUGCCUCUGCCUCUUCCUGGCCAACCUGCUCUUCCUCACCCCGGUGACACACACCGGCAGUCGGGUGGCGUGUGCUGUCAUUGCUGGCCUCCUACACUACCUCUUCCUGGCCUGCUUCAGCUGGAUGUUGCUGGAGGGGCUGCACCUCUUCCUCACCGUCAGGAACCUGAAGGUCAUGAAUUACACCAGCGCCAGCCGGUUCAAGAAGAGAUUCAUGUACCCGUUCGGCUACGGCUUCCCAGCCCUGGUGGUGGCUAUUUCUGCAGCGGUGAAUCCUGACGGCUACGGAACUUCCAAACACUGCUGGCUCAGCCUGGACAGAGGCUUUCGUCUGAGCUUCCUGCGUCCAGUCUGUGCCAUAAUCCUGAUAAAUAUAACAUUUUUUGCCCUGACCCUGUGGAUCCUGAGAAACAGACUCUCCUCCCUCAAUGCAGAUGUGUCCACCCUCAGAGACCACCGGUUACUGACCUUUAAAGCCAUCGCCCAGCUCUUCAUUCUGGGCUGCACAUGGAGCCUUGGUCUCCUUCAAGUCGACCCAGCAGCCACGGUCAUGGCGUAUUUAUUCACUAUUGUCAACAGCCUGCAGGGAGCCUUCAUCUUCCUGGUGCACUGUCUCCUCAAUCGCCAGGUGAGAGAGGAGUACAGGAGAUGGAUCAAGGGAUUCCGAACGUCCAGCACGAAAUCUCAGACAUCCGAUCUAUCCAUGUCUGCUGUCCCCACCACCAGCACCAAGACGGAGUAACCCUUCUGCCAGGCGGAGUCGACAGCCACCAGGGCCGGGUUCAAUACCUAGGGGUUCCAAUACAAAACCGAACCGGCUGGAGCCCCUGUGAUGUUGCGCUCCAUAUGCUUUAUGGAAAUAUGCUUAUGAAUAUGACAUAACUAGAAUAUGCUUUAUGCUAAAUACCCCUUGUAUGGUGUCUUUAGAAAGCUUGUAAUCUACUAAGUAUGUU